CGCAAGAUGGCGGACAGUGCGGAACUAAAGCAAAUGGUUAUGAGCCUUAGAGUUUCCGAACUCCAAGUACUGUUGGGCUACGCUGGGAGAAACAAGCACGGACGCAAACACGAACUUCUCACAAAAGCCCUACAUUUGCUAAAGGCUGGCUGCAGUCCUGCUGUACAGAUGAAAAUUAAAGAACUCUAUAGGCGGAGGUUCCCCCAGAAAAUCAUGACGCCUGCGGACUUGUCCAUCCCCAACGUACAUUCAAGUCCUAUGCCAGCAACUUUGUCUCCAUCUACCAUUCCACAACUCACUUAUGAUGGUCACCCUGCAUCAUCACCGUUACUCCCUGUUUCUCUUCUGGGACCUAAACAUGAACUGGAACUCCCACAUCUUACAUCAGCUCUUCACCCAGUCCAUCCGGAUAUAAAACUUCAAAAAUUGCCAUUUUAUGAUUUACUGGAUGAACUGAUAAAACCCACCAGUCUAGCAUCAGACAACAGUCAGCGCUUUCGAGAAACCUGUUUUGCAUUUGCAUUGACACCACAACAAGUGCAGCAAAUCAGUAGUUCCAUGGAUAUUUCUGGGACCAAAUGUGACUUCACAGUGCAGGUCCAGUUAAGGUUUUGUUUAUCAGAAACCAGUUGUCCACAAGAAGAUCACUUCCCACCCAAUCUUUGUGUGAAAGUGAAUACAAAACCUUGCAGCCUUCCAGGUUAUCUUCCACCUACUAAAAAUGGUGUGGAACCAAAGCGACCCAGCCGACCAAUUAAUAUCACCUCACUUGUCCGAUUGUCCACAACUGUACCAAACACCAUUGUUGUUUCUUGGACUGCAGAAAUUGGAAGAAACUAUUCCAUGGCAGUGUAUCUUGUAAAACAGUUGUCCUCAACAGUUCUUCUUCAGAGGUUACGAGCAAAGGGAAUAAGGAAUCCGGAUCAUUCUAGAGCUUUAAUUAAAGAGAAAUUGACUGCCGAUCCAGACAGUGAAAUAGCUACAACCAGCCUGAGGGUUUCUCUACUAUGUCCACUUGGUAAGAUGCGGCUGACAAUUCCGUGUCGGGCCCUUACAUGUUCUCAUCUGCAGUGUUUUGAUGCAACUCUUUAUAUUCAGAUGAAUGAGAAAAAACCAACUUGGGUUUGUCCUGUCUGUGAUAAGAAGGCUCCAUAUGAACACCUUAUUAUUGACGGAAAUCCGUGCCUCACUGUCGGUGCCUCCUGACAUUCACCAUUGUGCAGCACCAGUGGUUCUGAGCAGGGUGCACUUACGCCUUUUCCUAAUAGGAAUCCAUCUACCCCUAGACAUGCAGACCAUUUUAGAGAAAGAAUGAAAGAAUUGUGAAACUCUCAUUUGGUCUGUUUUUUGAGAUUUUCUGGUGCUUCAGUUGUGGGCCAGCAUACCUACUCCCUACUGUACGGGCUCCUAAAACUGAUCAACACACUGAAUAGCAGCUCUCUUUGUUUUUCUGUUUUCUCUAAAAUACUUGUCUUUGUCUUUCUUCUCCACCUACAGCAUCACAACAGUUGGUUAAUUUCCUGUACUCUCUAGAAAAAUGCUUAACACAACUUAUGUACAGUACUUGAGAAAACAUAGGAACCUGAAGGUGUAACCUAAGGAAUGGAAUACAUUUAGCAAUACAGAUGUAACCCAGAGCUUGAAAGAUAUCAGACCAAUCAUAUGGGGAAAAGUAAACAUGUAACUUAAAUGUUUUAUGUUUGAUUUUUCAGAGAUGUUGGUGACCACUAAGAAGUCAGAGUUGAAUAGUAUUUUACCAGCUCUGUAUAUUAUAUAACUUUAGAUGCCUUGAGAUUAUUCUUUGUUAUUAUAGAAGUCACACACAUACACCCCAAAGAAAAAGUGGAAAACAUAGGAAAAUAAAAAGAUGUUGUGUUAUUUUCUGAUUUUUGUUUUCCCAUGAUUGGAAUUAUGCUGUAUUAGUAUUUUUUAUCCUUUGGUUUCAUUUAAUAUUACAACCUAAGAAUUUGAUCCUUACUUUUACACAUUUUUCCAAAUCUUAUUUUUUAAUAUCUGCAUGGUAAUUAUCAAGGAGUUUUAACUUUCAAUACAUAUUUUUGCAUGUAUCGCUUCAGUUAUCAAACAAGAUGUGCUUAUUGUAGGCAAUUUGGGUUAUGUUGAAGAAAAAGAUUAUAAAGAAAAAGAAUAAAUAUCCACGUCACCACUCAGAGAUAACCACUAUUUACAUACCACUCACACACAGAAUUUUAUUUUUAAAACACAGAGUUUUCUUUUCUUGGCCUCUUCCCACUUUCUGUGAACAUAUUUUCCCCCCAUGUUAUUAUUAUCUUUUAAAUUAUUAUUAUUAUUUUUAAGUUUUUGCCUGUGUCAGGUCUUAGUUGUGGCAUGUGGGAUCUUUCGUUGCAGUGUGCGGGCUCUUCCUUGCAGCUCACAGGCUUCUCUCUAGUUGUGACAUGCAGGUUUUUGUCUCUGUAGCUGUGGUGUGUGGGCUCCAGAGCACAUAGGCUCUGUAGUUUGCGGCACAUGGGCUCUCUGGUUGAGGUGCACUGGCUCAGUAGUUGCGGUAUUUGGGCUUAAUUGCCUCACAGCGUGGGGAUCUUAGUUCCCCGACCAGGGAUCGACCCCAUGUCCCCUGCAUUGGAAGGCGGAUUCUUUACCACUGGACCAUCAGGGAAGUCCCAUCCCCCCAUAUUACUAAAAAAAUCUUUGGAAACCUCGUUUUUCAUGGUUAUAUGAUAUUUUCUUGCAUAAAGGUACCAUAAUUUAAGUAACUAUUUUCCUAUUCAGCCCUAGAUUUUCAGAACAAAUAUACCUUGUCUGUUACAGUUUUCCUCAUUUAUACUUGUACAGAACUUAGAAGGUCUGAAUGUUUUUUGAACAGUACUAAUUCUAAUCAGUCUUAAUUUAGAAUGUGAUAUUCAAAGGACAAAUUGUUUUUUAUAGCUUGUUUAUGGAAAUCCUAAAGUAUUGUACAGAUUGUGAUGAAAUACAAUUUAAGGAGGAUGGCUCUUGGGCACCUAUGAGAUCAAAAAAGGAAGUACAGGAAGUUUCUGCCUCAUACAAUGGAGU